AUGGGAUAUAUGGACUUGGCGUUAUCUUAUUCGAAUCAAAUGCGGAUUGUUGAAGCUCCCGCAAGCGGAGGUGGUCUCAGUCAGAAUGGAAAAUUUAGCUAUGGAUAUGCAAGCUCAGCUGGAAAAAGGUCAUCUAUGGAAGACUUUUUUGAGACAAGGAUCGACGGUAUCGAUGGAGAAAUCGUUGGUCUAUUUGGAGUCUUUGAUGGUCAUGGUGGAUCCAGAGCAGCUGAGUAUGUGAAGCGUCACCUUUUCAGCAAUCUUAUUACUCAUCCUAAGUUCAUCUCUGACACCAAAUCUGCAAUAGCUGAUGCCUAUACUCAUACAGACUCUGAACUUCUCAAGUCAGAAAAUAGUCAUACUAGAGAUGCUGGUUCAACUGCUUCCACAGCUAUUCUCGUUGGUGAUCGUUUACUUGUUGCUAAUGUUGGUGAUUCCAGAGCUGUUAUAUGUCGUGGCGGAAAUGCAUUUGCUGUUUCAAGAGACCAUAAACCUGACCAAAGUGAUGAGCGUGAACGGAUUGAGAAUGCUGGUGGUUUUGUGAUGUGGGCAGGGACUUGGAGAGUUGGAGGAGUUCUUGCAGUUUCCCGCGCGUUUGGUGAUCGAUUGCUUAAACAAUAUGUUGUUGCUGAUCCAGAAAUUCAGGAAGAGAAGAUUGAUGAUUCUCUUGAGUUUCUGAUUCUUGCCAGCGAUGGACUAUGGGAUGUUUUCUCCAAUGAGGAAGCAGUUGCAGUAGUAAAAGAAGUUGAAGAUCCGGAAGAGUCCACCAAGAAACUUGUGGGAGAAGCAAUUAAAAGAGGAAGUGCAGACAAUAUUACAUGUGUAGUUGUACGUUUCUUGGAGAGCAAGUCAGCUAACAACAACGGUUCCAGCUCAUCCGAGGAAGCAAAUCAAGUGCCAACCGCUGUUAGAAAUGACUCAGACCACAAGAUCUCAGCCAAAGAAACCAAUCAAGACCAUACCACAGUAAACAAGGACUUGGACCGCAACACUGACAGUCAAAGCCUGAACCAAAAGCCGAUUGCAGCUAGAAGUGCCGAUAACUCGAACCAAAAACCAAUCGCGACUACAGCAACAGGACACAGCGUUUCUUCAGAACAGAGUGGUUUAACCGGGGAAAAGAGUCAAAUGCCAAUCAAAAUUCGCAGCGACUCAGAGCCUAAGAGUUCAGCCAAGGUACCUAAUCAAACGCAAAGCACAGUACACAACGACUUGGACAGUAGCACUGCGAAGAAGCCGGCCGCAACAGAACAGAGCGGAUCAACGGGUGAAAGGAAUCGAAAACCAAUCAAAGUUCAUAGUGAUUCCGCCGCAAGAAAGACAACUCCCUCUAUCUUUAACUAAAACGUCCACUACCUUCUUUUGAUAAAUGAAUGUAUCAUCUUCAUUUAACUUUGAACUAUUUAGUGUCCAAAGAUUUUGCCUCGAAACUGAUUUAUCUCGUUCAUGUAAGUUUCUUCUCUUUGUCACCCUUUUUUCUGAGGUCUUUAACUUCAACAAUGUAAUUUCUUUUUGCAGUGUACCAAAUUUUGUAAACUUGUUGAUUCUAAAUAGUUUGAGUACAUAACAUAAACAAGAACAUAUUCAAAAUCACGAUAUAUACAAAAC